AUGGUGGACGACGACGUUACAGCUGGAUUUGGCAAUGGAGAGGGGUCUCGGGCUCCAUUAUGGAGACCGCGAAGGAAGAACGCUGGUUAUCAGGGCCAGGCCAGUUGGGCUAGCAGUGUGAUCAACUUGGUCAAUACAAUUAUCGGUGCCGGCGUUCUGGCGAUGCCCCUCGCCAUCUCCCACAUGGGAAUCGUCCUCGGUGUGCUCGUCGUUUUGUGGUCCGGUAUAACGGCUGGGUUCGGUUUAUAUUUGCAGUCGCGGUGUGCUCAGUACUUGGAAAGGGGGUCUGCGUCGUUCUUUGCUCUGUCGCAAAUUACCUAUCCCAACGCUUCCGUCGUUUUUGAUGCCGCUAUCGCAAUAAAGUGUUUUGGUGUCGGAGUGAGCUAUUUGAUUAUUAUCGGAGACUUGAUGCCGGCAGUCAUUCAGGGUUUCGUUGGUGGAGAGCCGGACUAUGACUUUUUGGUGGACAGGCACUUUUGGGUAACGGCUUUCAUGCUGAUUAUCAUUCCUCUUUCCUAUCUUCGACGUCUUGAUUCCCUUAAAUAUACCAGUUUUGCGGCUUUGGCGUGCAUUGGCUAUCUGGUGGUUUUAGUUCUUUACCACUUCAUCAAGGGCGAUACGAUGGCCGAUCGCGGUCCAAUUCGUAUUAUCCAGUGGGCCGGUGCUGUCCCUACGCUUAGCAGUCUCCCCGUCACCAUCUUUGCGUUUACAUGCCACCAAAAUAUGUUUUCGAUUCUGAACGAGAUCCGCGACAACAGCCACUUCAACACCACGAGCGUCAUCUUUGCUAGCAUUGGAGGUGCCGCUUCAACUUAUAUCCUGGUGGCCAUUACUGGAUACCUCUCAUUCGGAAACAGCGUGAGCGGGAACAUCAUUGGAAUGUACCCUCCUGGACUCUGGGCCACGAUUGGACGGGCUGCCAUAGUCAUCCUCGUCAUGUUCUCGUAUCCCCUUCAAUGCCACCCUUGCCGGGCCUCUGUCGACGCAGUGCUGCGUUGGAGACCCAAGGCGUCAAAUGGAAAUGACAACUCCCCUCACCGUCACCCUCUCCUGGGAUCAAGAGGUAACCGCGCGCCAGAACCCAUGAGCGAUCUGCGUUUCUCAGUGAUCACAACGUCUGUCCUUAUUCUGAGUUACAUUGCUGCCAUGACCGUCUCAUCACUCGAGGCUGUACUGGCCUACGUUGGCAGCACAGGUAGCACCAGCAUCAGUUUCAUUCUCCCUGGUCUCUUCUAUUACCGGAUUUCCUCCCCCGACUCUCCAUCCCACCAACGACUCAUGAAGGAAGACGAUGAAAUUGGCGAUGAUGACGAAAUUGCAUCUACCCAAGCAGACGACGGUAGCGACGAUAACGACCACCAGGCCCGGGAGACUGCGCCUAGUGAUGGCGGUAUCGUUCGUCAUGGUCGACGCCAGUGGCGUAGAAACCUGCUUCGCAAAAUGAGUCUUGCUCUAGCUGUCUACGGUGCCUUGGUUAUGAUCGUGUCGCUGGUAACCAAUUCUGUUUUUGUUGCUUCGAAUUAG